AUUAAGUUCAUUGUAGGCCAGACAAUAUUAUGUCAGAAAUGGUGUUAACAAUACUUUCUGUCUGCCUUUUACAGGGGUUAUUUAUAACCAAAACUGCAAGUGAAAAUGUCAGAAAUGAAGCUUCUACCCUGGAAUUACUGCUAGAAAAGGUUGAACAUCUGGAAGCACAACAGAGGAAGUAUGAGGAGGUUAACAGAAUGCAGGAACUUGAAAUACAGAUGCUCAAAGGUCAAAUCCUGGAAGACAAAGGACAGAAUUUGAGGACGCGACGGGAAAAUGAGAAUCCUAUUGCUUUCUAUGGUAAGAUGAUGAACGUACAUACAAAUGUCUCUCAAAACCCGAUCCUAAAAUUUAACAAUGUAGUGACCAACAUUGGCGACCCCUACAGUCAACACAAUGGACUCUUCAUAGUGCCAGUGUCAGGAAUCUAUGUGUUCUCAACCACAGUGAUGACAGAGACAGACAGUGAUGCACAUGUUGGCAUUUAUGUGAAUGACGUACGUAUGACUAACGUGAAGCUUUAUGGAUCUGAGCACCGUUAUGACACAAUGAGUCAAACAGCUGUGUUCCAGCUACAGAAAUAUGACACAGUAUCAGUGCGACACUACGAGGGUACCCAGAUUCUCCACUAUGAUUAUACUUCCUUCUCAGGGUUCCUAUUACAGGAGGACUAUGGCCAAAUGCAGGGCGGUAUUAUUGGAUAGUUUCUUUGCAUUGCUGCUAUAUGAAACUCUACAAGUCAUAAAAAUCAUAUUAUGAAACAAAAGCAAA